AACCAGACCUCACACCUCUGCGACAGGACGACCGUCCGGAUGUGGACUUGUGUCAUGCUUUAGGACCAACGUAGACCAGUGAAACACAGAGAGUGCCUUCCGUUUAACCAAGUACGCCAACGAAACACAACCAUGGGAAAUGCCUGCUGUUGUUGUCAACCGCGCGGCUACAUCGUAGGAUACGGUUACGUGGAGGCAGACGAUCCCAGUUGCUUUAAAUUCAAGAAGAGAAGAGCGCGCAUUCGUCAUAAGAGACAUAAGCCAACCGUCAACUCGGCUCCCGAGGAAUAUUAUGACUCCUCCUCGGACGACGACGGGGACUGCUGGAAAGGUGGGCGUGGCGGAGGGGGCGGUGCCAGAAGGUUACGGACCCGAGGUCGUGUAAGUCCCGGCGCCAGUAAUGACAGUGAUGCUGAUGCACGGGCAGCAGCGCAUGUGUACGAGUAUCAGCGCCAGAAUCAAACUGGUGUGGCUUUUAUCUCUGGGUCAGUUCCCCUCUCACAAAACCACAAUAACACCACAACUACAGGGUAUUCCCACUUUUCACACCAGCAGUAUGGGUACGGACAACCCCAACGUGGUAACGGACAGCAGCAAGGUGGUUACGGACAGCAGCAAGGUGGUUACGGACAACAGCAACGUGGCAACGGACAGCAGCAAGGUGGUUACGGACAGCAGCAAGGUGGUUACGGACAGCAACAAGGUGGUUACGGACAGCAGCAAGGUGGUUACGGACAACAGCAAGGUGGUUACGGACAACAGGGUCAACGACCCAACUCCAGCACUGGUAAUAACACGAGUGAGUAUGGGUGGAAUCGAGAGCUUACAAUGCCCUUGGACGAUCGCCCUGGUAGCGGGCAUUCAUCCCACCAAACCACAGCAACGUAUGUACAGAGAUCAAGCACGCCCACGAAACUACCCCCACUUGGUGACAAUGCGAUAGGUGGCAGCACGCCAGCUUAUCGCCAAGACCCCCUUACAAUGGAGCAGGAUAGUGGAGUCUCUCGGCCCGGGGGUCGAUCUAUAAAAGUAAUAAUGGCAAACACCAAGGUGAAUAACCACAAGUCAAAUACAGGUAGUGAUCCCAACUUCAACGAAGCCGAACCUUCCAACAAAGUUGACAAAUUCCAGAAAACGGCCAAUAUUAAUAUCAACGACGGCAGUGAACCGGGCAUGACGCCUUUAAGUGUCAAUACAGGGAUCUCUACAGAUAUUCAUGGUUCAAGCGACUUUUUGAAAAGUAAGGACAAGAAAACAAAGAAGAAGGACAAGAAGAAGGACAAGAAGAAGAAGAAAGAAGAAACGUCGUGGUUCCUUUGAUUCAAGUAGCUCAAGCAGUUCGA